UUUCAUCUGUGUGUUUGCUUUUUUUUUGUUAAUUGAUCUGUUUUUAGAUUAGUUAAUUGACAUCUGAUAAUUGAAAAUGCCUUCUGCUCCUCCUGGCGAAGCUGAAACGGUCAAAGUUAUUGUCCGCUGCAGGCCUCUUUCAGAAAAUGAGAAGAAAACGGGAUAUAACAGAAUAGUCGAGAUGGACACCAAAGUUGGGCGUAUUGAGAUCACGAAUCCUUCUGACAAGACCACAAAGGCGUAUACUUUCGACACUGUCUACGAUUGGAAUUCAAAGCAGCAAGAUUUGUAUGACGAAACAUUUAGAAGUCUUGUUGACUCCGUUCUUGAAGGCUUCAACGGGACAAUUUUUGCUUAUGGCCAAACAGGGACGGGGAAAACCUUCACAAUGGAAGGUGUCAGAUCCAAUCCUGAAUUGAGAGGAGUGAUUCCUAAUUCUUUCGAUCACGUUUUUAAUCACAUCGCGCGAAGCACGAACACACAGUUUCUCGUGCGAGCGUCAUAUCUGGAAAUAUACCAAGAAGAAAUUCGGGAUUUAUUAUCCAAAGACCAGUCUAAGAGACUAGAAUUGCGAGAAAGGGCUGACACUGGAGUAUAUGUCAAGGAUCUUUCUUCGUUUGUUACUAAAAGUGUUAAGGAAAUUGAACACGUCAUGAACGUCGGAAACCAAAACCGCUCCGUUGGAGCAACAAAUAUGAAUGAGCACUCCAGCAGAUCACACGCAAUUUUCAUCAUCACCGUUGAAUGCAGCGAGCUUGGUGAGGAUGGGGAGAAUCACAUCCGCGUGGGGAAAUUAAACUUGGUGGAUCUCGCAGGCAGUGAACGGCAAAGCAAAACAGGGUCAACUGGAGAAAGACUGAAAGAGGCUACGAAAAUUAACCUCUCACUCAGUGCACUGGGCAAUGUGAUCUCGUCUCUGGUAGACGCAAAGAGCAGCCACAUACCCUACAGGGACUCGAAGCUAACCCGACUGCUCCAGGACUCACUUGGUGGCAAUGCAAAGACUGUGAUGGUGGCUGCGAUUGGACCUGCGAGUUAUAACUAUGAAGAGACACUCUCAACUAUAAGAUACGCAAACAGGGCAAAGAACAUCAAAAAUCAGCCCAAGAUAAACGAAGAUCCGAAGGAUGCAUUACUCCGCAAAUUUCAACAGGAGCUUCUUAAAUUGAGAGAAGCACUUGGUAAGAAAGGCGGCGGAAGUGGGUCUGAAAAGAGGAGCAAGAAAGGUCGCAGGAAGAAGAAAGUGAUGAACGCCAGUGGUGAGAUGGAAGAAGUGUCGGAGUCAGAAGACGAUGACGAUGAAGAGGGGCAAGGCGGCGACAGUGCAGAAGUGGAGGCCGAAUUCAUGAAGCAGGAGCAGGCCAGACUGGAAGAGGAGAAGCAGAAGCUGCUGGCCAAUCACAACAUGAUAGCAGAGCAGAAGCAGCAGUUGUUGGCUGACAUGGAGAAGAAGGCUAGUGAACUGGGCAAGAGGCAGAAGGACCACGAUGCACUGGUCAAUAAAAUUAAGACGAUGGAGAGUAAGUUGUUGGUGGGUGGGAAGACGAUUUACGACCACACGACAGAGCAGGAGGCGGCGAUUGAGAAGAAGAGGAGUGAGAUUGCGAAGCAAGCGGCCAAGGAGAAGGAGAUCGCGAGGAAGUUGGCCGAGAAGGAGGAGUCCAUUAUGGGAAAGCAGGAGACAUACAAGAGUCUCAAGGAGGAGGUGGACGUGAAGACAAAACGACUCAAGAAGCUGCAGAGUAAGCUAGAGACAGUGUUAAACGAGACAGAGGACCUCAAAGCAGAAAACUGGCGUGAGUUGCAGGAGCUACAGGUGACAGUGGAGGAGCUGAACAGAGACCUGAAGAUGAAGGCCCUGGUGAUUGAGAACUUCAUCCCGAUGGAGGAGAGGGAGAAGCUAAACAGACGCUUGAGGUUCAAUGAAGAUGAGAACGAAUGGUAUCUGGUGCCAUAUGCUUCCGCCAGCAACCAGAAAAUGGCCAAGCGGGUCAUAUCAGCGCUUGGCUGCAAAAGGCCAACAACUGAUUACGCCCGAGUGGCAUCGAAGAAAAUGGGCAACCCCAGAUACAAGGGAGAGAACAUAUUGCAACUGGAGCUGGAGUUACCUGUGAGAACUACAAGGGAUUACCAGGGACCUACAAUUGCGCCCAGGGUACAAGCUGCGCUGGACCAGGCGCUCUUACCACAAGAGGGCGACCUGGAAAUAGACGCAGAGUCAGUGAUGCCAACAAAGAAGCAAUCUAAAAGCUCCAAGAGACCGAAAACUUCCACUUCAAAGAGCAGACCCUCGGCCGGAGGAGACAGAUCUGGAGGUGGUUCGGAUCUUUACCCAACUGCCAGAGGGCUUGUUUCGAAAUAAAAUAAUUUCACAUUACUUCGACACCUUCAGUAACAUGUGACCUAAUGGUCCUUCAUAGUUUCAUAAUAAAUCGCGAUUUGAUUUGGUAAAUAGUGAACUUUGAAUAUGUAAAAAUUGUAAAUAUCAGCUGUAAAUUGUACGUAAAUGUUGAUUCGUAAGUUAAGCAAAAAAAAACAAAUUCUGUUCGUACCUCUAAAGUUCAUGUUUUUAUUGGCAAAAAAUUUUGUGCUAUCUUUUCAAUAUCAUAUUUUUCCGUUGUUACUGUCAGCAGUUUCACCAGAUUGGGAAAAAGUCCUUGGAGUUGAUAAAGUUUACUAAUAGCUAAUUAAUGAAUAUACCACCCAAAUAGAACAUUGAUAUAAAAUGAUUCGAUGACAUAAAAGAUUUAAAACACUGUAGUAGUUCAUUAUUAAUUAGAUUCCUCUUUUGCGUUCGAA